AUGAGAGCUUUGCAACAGAUAGUGUCUUAUCUAGCAUUAUUGCAGAAGGAAGCAUUAGUCAAGAACUUCACGAACAGUUGGAGGAUGCUCGAGCCUAUGCAGAGCAUACGUCUUGCAGAUCAUGAUGUUGAAGACCUCGAUGACAUAUCUACGCAAUGUUCGGUUGGAUCAACAGCGACAGAAGCUGGGCAGGAUGAAAAUAUAGAAUUGAUUACAGAUUCCAGUGCUUGCACUGCUUGUGUUGUCCUUGACAUAAUAAAUAGCGAAAUUAGACAAUGCUGUGAGCUCGGACCUAAUCAACGACCAUUAAAACAACUAGUAGGAACUUAG